UCGCCCGUCACAAUUUAUCAACCUCGGCCGACCUCCCACCGUAUCGCGAGCAUCGCUGACUUCUUCCCCCCUCGAACUUCGAAACAACACAAUCACCAUGUCCGCCACCGGCGCCUCGGCGCCUCAAACCAACGGUGUCCCCCCCUCCUCCGCCGCCUCGAGUUCUCAAACCCUCGCCAACACACAAACACAACAACAACAACCACAACCUUCCCAAUCCCAACAAACCCAAUCCCAACCCUCAGCAAUCGUAACCGCAACCCCGUCACAAAGCCAGCCCCCCCAGCCCCAACCACCCCAACAACAACAACAACACCAACCCACCACCACCCCCGGCCCAGGCCCAGGCCCAGGCCCCAUCCCCACAUCCAGCACCGCCCCGCGCCCGCGCGACGCGCGCACCAUCGAGCUGCUCCUCACCGCCCAAGGCGUAACGGCCUUCGAGCAGCGGGUACCCCUCCUCCUGCUCGACUUCGCGUACCGGCACACCUCGGCGGUGCUCUCGGACGCGCUGCACCUCGCGGCGGACCCCUACACGUCGCAGGCCGGGGCGCGGCCGUCGGCGGCGUCGGGCGCGGCGCCGGUUAAUGUUGGUGAUGCGGCCGUGAGCGCCAACGCCGUGCAGCUGGCGAUUGCGAGUCGGUUGGGGUUUCAGUUCCGUGGGGGCGGUGGGGGUGCUGCUGGUGGUGGUGGUGGUGGCGGUGGUGGUGGUGGUGCGGGUGCGGGCGGGGCGAGUAAGGAUUGGAUUAUGGAGUUGGCGAGGGAGAAGAAUAAGAUUGGGUUGCCGAGGGUGUCGGGGAAUGAGUGGGGGGUGCGGCUGCCUGGGGAGAGGUUUGUGCUGAGUGGUGUGCCGUGGGGUUUGAGGGAUGUGUGGGCUGGGCAGGAGGGGGCGGAGGAGGAUAGUGGGGAGGAGGAGGAGGAGGAGGAUGAGGAGAUGCUUGACGGGUCGGCGAUGGAUGUCGAGAAGGAGGAUGUUGGUGGGGAGGGGGUUGAGGGCGGGACGAUUGGGGAUGUAUUUGGGGAUCAGGGCUUGGAGGAGGACGAGGAGAUGGCUGAGGCGUGAGCUGUCUGCGCCUCGCGAGACUGAGUCUUUAUAUGGCAAAAUCAUAUGGCGUUAAAAAUCAGGAGUGGAUGCCAUAUGAGGUACCAUGGGGAGCGCUCUGGCGUUUAGGGGUCCUAGGGAUAUGAGGAGAGGAUAGUCGAGGAGCCUUCACACAACACGUACUUAUACCGACUACAUUUCAGCGGAAGCCGCCAUUGGCAUUCGCCAUCAAAGCACCAUGGCUG